AUGAACCAUAACCCUAAAACCCUAACCCUAAACCCUAAUCCCUUAACCCUAACCUGUAACAGGGAGGCUAAAAGCUUAACUUUUGGGAGGGCCGGCGGAAGUCAGCUGAAGGAUGGUGCGACCCACAGAGGCCGCAUUUUGCAGUCCAGAGUUGAUAGAAACUGGCUCCAUGGCCACUGGGCAACCCGAGCCGGUGUUGCGUUCUACAACGGCUGGCUCACAUCUGAUCAAAGGAAUAUCGAUGUUCUGGAUUGGGUUGUGCUGUGCGGCACUAACGGUGCGCAACGAGCCUUUGAUGGCUCUUCGUCCGGCACCCCGGCCAACAUUGCGGCCCACAACCCAUACCCGCCGGUGCCGUUCACGGACACGAUACCUUUGUACAUCAAUCAUGGGUAUGAUGAAAAGUCUGACUUUGCCGUCAUGGAGGUGAUCACCUGGGACCGGGUGUUGUCAGAGGAGGAGAUGGUGGCCACCGUCGACUACCUGAAGUGGAAGCUUAGGGCAGGUGCCGUGCUCGAGACUUCAGAGCACAUUGCGCAGGAGACCGAAAAGAAUUUCGACUCUUGGGGUAAUCAAAUGCUGACCCAUGUUGAGGCUCAAACUUUCGAAGUUGACUUGGCCAACGGCUACAGAGCAGACUUGACAGGCUGGCCACUUACCCGAGACUACGCGCGGGGCUUUCUCACAAACCAACACGGGGUGUCCACAGCCGUGGUGAAGGGACUGGUGCCAGCAGCGCGGUACCUCUACCAGAUCUACAUGGUCCAUGAGAGAACCGAUUGGGCAGGUGAUGCGAAGGUGUCCGUGAACCAUGGCGUUCAGGCCAGAGGCACUGGGGACAGUCGCAACGACGCCAAGUUCUCCGGGGUGGCAGUGGCUUCGCCUAGAGGUGAGAUCAACUUCGAGUUCGAGCGCAUUACCCCCCAUACCCACCUCUCCGGCAUCGCCAUUGCAAAAGCGGGGGAGCCUCCUGUCAUCGCCAAGCCGGCGGAUCCACCAUCGCAGGGCAUGUAUGCCUGGUUCAAGAGUGAGAACGCUGGAUCCGUAUGGCGCAGCUCCGUGGGAGACUUUGAGGGCCAUUGCAACAUGGGCAACGUCUUCCGGCGAGUGGCAGCAGGCAAUGGAGCCGAUCGCCCCGUUACCUUCAUCGAAGGCUACACAUGGUCAGGCUACGACUUCGGAAACGUGAUUCCCCCGACCCACACCGUUUGUUCCGUCACUCGCUAUAGCGGUCAUCACAAGGGGCGCAUUUUGCAGUCCAGACAACAAAACAAUUGGCUCCAUGGCCACUGGGCUCGCCAAUCCGGCGUUGCGUACUACAAUGGUUGGCUUACAUCUGAUUCAAGAACUUUAGAUGUCGAAGAUUGGGUUGUGCUGUGCGGCACUAACGGUGCGCAACGAGCCUUUGAUGGCUUUUCGUCCGGCACCCCGGCCAACAUUGCGGCCCACGACCCAUACCCGCCGGUGCCGUUCACGGAGACGAUACCUCUGUGGAUUAACCACGGCUGGGAUGAACGGUCUGAGUUUCAUGUCAUGGAGGUGAUUACCUGGGACAGGGUGUUGUCGGAGGCGGAGAUGGUGGCCACCGUGGACUACUUGAAGUGGAAGCUGAGGGCAGGUGCCGUGCUCGAGGCUUCGGAACAUCUUGCCCAGGAGACCGAAAAGAACCUCGACUUCUGGGGCAACCAACAUUUGACCCAUGUUGAGGCACAAACUUUCGAAGUUGACUUGGCCAACGGCUACAAAGCAGACUUGACAGGGUGGCCACAUACAAGAGACUACGCGCGGGGCUUUCUCACAAACAAACACGGGGUGUCCACAGCCGUCGUGAAGGGGCUGACGCCAGCAGCACAGUACCUCUACCAGAUCUACAUGGUCCAUGAGAGAACCGAUUGGGCAGGUGAUGCGAAGGUGUCAGUUAACCAUGGUGUGCAGGGAACGUGCCGUGCGGAUAGCGCCAACGACGCGAGGUUCUCCGGGGUGGCAGUGGCUUCGCCUAGAGGUGAGAUAAACUUCGAGUUCGAGCGCGUUUCCGUGCAUCUCGACCUUUCCGGCAUCGCCAUUGCGAAAGUCAGCUCGCCAGCCAGUUUGCUUCAGGAGGCCUCCAUCGCGACAGGCCGUUCGGAAGGAGCCGUUGAGCAAGGCUUCAUGGACCUGCACCUGUACCAACAGUGCGAUUCCAUCCUUAUGCUGGGAGGUAUGGGUGUGGAGCACUGCGGAAGGCCCAGCCACAGAGAAAUCACCUCGCACGACUGGCUGCACAAGAGGCCCUUGCCGCCGUCCUUCAAGCGGCUGAUCUACAUUAGCCCCGGGUCCGGCAGCAGAAUUCUGACCAUUCUACUUCCGGGCUUGGGCGCCAGUGGAAUCCAGGGAGAGAGCCCGUUUGAGAGGCGACCCCAAAUUGACAAGUCGAAGGACUGCCACAUGGUCGGAGCGCGAGGCUAUGCGGCCUACGACCAGCGCAACGAGCAGGAGCUUUACUUCUUCAACCGAAUGGCCCUGAGCAUCUACACCGAGCUCGGCAUGAUCAAGGAGCUGGACGCGGAGGCCAAGCACCAGUACUGCUUGCAGCCCUCCGACGACGGGAACAUGACCGUCAAAGCAAGCAGCGCUUGCCCGGCGAAGUUGCUGUCACAGGUCACAGGCUGGGCCGGACCUCAGGCGCGGCUUUUUAAGCUGAUGCCCUCCAGCGAGGGUAUGGCGGCUCUGCAGACGAACGUCGCGGCACCCUCCCGCCGGACCUUCACGGAGGACGGCACCUGGACGGCGACCUUCACCGGCUGUGCGAAGAUCUUGGUGGUUGGCGGCGGUGGCGGCGGUGGUGGCCGCUCCGGUGGCGGUGGCGCCGGUGGUGGUUUGGUCACGAUGGACUGCUUCGAGGUCACCGAGGGCACCUUUUACACCGUCGAGGUAGGUGCCGGCGGCGCCGGUGGAAGUGUUGGCGGAGGAGACGGUAGUGACGGCGGAGAUUCGAGAUUCGGCGAGGUGAUGGCUAAGGGAGGCGGUGGCGGAGGUAGCGACGGUCAGAAUAAGGGCCACAAUGGCGGAAGCGGCGGCGGUGGCAAGUAUGGCGAAAUUGGCGGGGAGGCCCAGCAAAACUCGCAACCGGGGAAGUCCGGGGAGUUCGGCUUUGGACACAACGGCGGGUCUGGCACCACAGGCACCUGGAAUGCGGGAGGAGGAGGCGGCGCAGGUGAGGUCGGUGGAUCUGGCAACAGCACUCACUGCGGUGAUGGUGGAAAAGGCAAAUUGAUCUGCAUCCUCGGAACUUGCGACUUCUAUGCGGCCGGCGGUGGGGGUGGCUCCCACGAUCCUGCGUGCUCCUCCGGCGGAGAAGGUGGGCAAGGCGGUGGUGGCGACUGCGGCACACCGGGGGGGAAGAACCCAGGAACACACGGCGAGGACGGCAAGGGCUCCGGCGGUGGCGGUGGCUCCACGACAACCAGUAACGGAGGAGCUGGUGGCAACGGUGGCAAGGGAAUCGUCAUCAUUGAGGAGAAGAAGGCCGACCAGUGCCUCAGCACUAAAGGCGACACCUCGGGCCUGAUCCACGUGGAGUGCAACGCGACGGAUGCCGCCCAGCAUCUGGAACCGGCUGAGCUGCCGACAGACAUGUGGCAUCUGCACAUCGAGGUGGAUGAGCGGACUCAGGACCUCCACAAGCCCUUCUCCUCCUACUGCGGCACCAGCGGCGCGCUGAGCAGUUUGGACUUCGGCCAGCUCUUUGCAGGCGACACGGGAACGAGCCAGACGGCAUGCAAGUUCGCGCCGCUGAUCCAGUUCGGUUCCUUCGUGGAUACUGGUAUAGUGCGAUGGAAGACCACUACCAACUGGCCGGAUUGGCAGCACCUCCUCGCCGAGAACUACGUUGAAUGUGCAUCGGGUGAAGCCUUGACUGCCUUCAAGCUGGACGCUGCCAAGAACAUCUACAAGUACGAGUGCAGCAAGAUCGGUGGACUGGGCUCUUGCUUUGACUACUACAGCGCCCAAGUGGAGAUUGCCAGCUUCGACCAGUCGAUCCACCACUGGGCAGGGCCGAUGCGCAUGAUGCCCGUGAGCUGCGGGCAGAAUGCCGUGUUGGGCAGCUUCCACUUCGAGUUCUCAGAGGGCGGCAAGUGGGGUCGAGUGCGCUACCAGUGCUGCAAAGCCGGAGGGGCGCCCGUGAGUUUCGAUCCAAGGGGACAGCUCCCCGAGCUGGUUGGCCGCUACGAUGGCAUCUACUGCCCCAGCGGCCGGGAUUCCCACAACGGCCGGGUGAGGUUCGAAAGGAGCUCUGGUCUCACUUUGUCUUUCAAGCGGAGCUCUGGCCAGUGGUGCGUCCAGUCGGAAUGCUCAGAGGUCACGGACAGCGAGUCCCCCCUGGGCAUGCAAGGGGCAGCUUUCGAAGUGGUCAAUGUGAGCGACUUCGCCGGCGAGUUCCUCGGGCAGAUGCCCAAGGAAGAAAAGAAGGCGCUAUCCCUGAAGGAGGCCUUGCGCAUGAAGCCUCCGCGACGUCCCCCGACACCCAAGAUGCCGGAGCUGGAGGAGUUCAAGGCUCAGCAGCCAAAGUACGCGGAGGAGUGCUUGAACUAUGAGAACCUCUGGAAGGACGUCACGGAGACCUAUCUCGAUGAGGAGGACGAGGAAGUGCAGAAAAUAUCGAAGUUGGAGGCAGAGCCCUCGACGAAGGAGCAGGCCCUGGAUUCGUACCAUCCGUGUGAAGUUGCCAAGGGCGCCGGGGGCAUCUUCGGCCAGUGGGGUGGAGGAGACGGGUCCACGGCGCCGGAGAAUAUGAUGUAUGCGGACUGGAACGACUGCAUGCAAGGAGACAUCGAGCGCGACUUGGCGGCUGCGAACUUGGACUACCGCGGGGCUCUUGGCGAGUUUUCCUCGGAUCUCUUGGAAGCCACGAUGGGUGUCUUUUGCGGCUUCAUGCCGGAUACCACGAUCUCUCCAUUCGGCCUCGGGAUCGCGCUCAGUCCGGGGGAUGUUUGCGGUGGCAUGGCGGGGUGGUUCGCUCAACUCGACCGCAUUUCCGGCUUGCGCAUUGCCAGGCAGGGCUGGUCCAUCGAGCAAGAAGGCUAUGCAGCAUGCAAUCCCAUGCAGAUCGGAUUUGCCCGAGCCUUCUGCGACAUCCACUGCGUGCGGGACGCUGUAGUGAGGGGCGAUCGGUCCAUCAUCC